AAAAAAAGAAAGAGAGAAAGAUGAAUACACUGGGUGUUUUGAAAAUCAGAGUACGCAGAGGGAUUAAUCUUGCAGUGAGAGAUGCUUUUGGUAGUGAUCCUUAUGUUGUCAUCACCAUGGGCGGCCAGAAAGUGAAGACUCGAGUUAUUAAAGAGAAUAUCAAUCCUGUAUGGAAUGAGGAGUUGAGCCUUGCACUCUACGAUCCCAGCCUUCCUAUUACUUUAACGGUGUAUGACAAAGAUACGUUCACUGCAGAUGACAAAAUGGGAGAUGCCAAGAUAGAUAUAAAACCCUAUAUUGAUGCAAUAAACAUGGGAUUAGAAGGACUCCCAGAUGGUGUCAAGGUGGAUAGGGUUCAGCCAAACAGGGAUAAUUGCCUCUCUGAUGAAAGUUGCAUAGUAUGGGAGAAUGGCAAGAUGACACAGAACAUGAUUCUUAGAUUGCAACAUGUAGAAUGCGGGGAAAUCGAGAUUCAAAUUGAAUUGAUUAAUGCUCAAGGUCGUAGAGGUGGUCUUUACAUCUAAAAAACACACUUUUGUUUAGUUUUAAUAUACGUAAAUUAUCAAUUGUGACACAAAUUUACAUAACUAUAUUCGUUACUGUUGUAACUUGUAAGUGUCAGAAUAUACUAUAAGCCAUACGCGUCCUGCCGCGGUCCUACCGCGGUUACGCCAGGACCGCGGCAGAGUGGCCUUCAGAAUCUGCAGCAGUGUU